UUUAUCAAAUUGUUUAAUGUUCCUUUAUUUUGCAGCUAGUGGUGGUUGGCAGGAACCUGAAAAUCCUCACACACAGAGGAUGAACAAACUAAUUGAGUACUACCAACAGCUUGCCCAAAAAGAGAAGGUUGAACGAGAUCGCAAGAAACUGGCGCGGCGUAGAAACUAUAUGCCGUUGGCUUUUUCGGAUAAAUACGGUCUUGGAACCCGACUUCAGCGACCACGAGCUGGUGCAACAAUCAGUACCCUUGCUGGACUUUCCCUUAAAGAAGGGGAGGACCAGAAAGAGAUAAAAAUUGAGCCAGCUCAGGCUGUAGAAGAAGUGGAGCCUCUACCUGAAGACUAUUAUACAAGACCAGUAAAUUUAACAGAGGUGACCACUCUUCAGCAGCGCCUCUUACAGCCUGACUUCCAACCAAUUUGUGCUUCACAGCUCUAUCCUCGUCAUAAACAUCUUCUGAUUAAACGGUCCCUGCGCUGCCGGCCGUGUGAACAUAAUUUGAGCAAACCAGAAUUCAAUCCAACAUCUAUCAAAUUCAAAAUCCAAAUGGUUGCUGUCAAUUACAUCCCAGAGGUGAGAAUCAUGUCAAUUCCUAAUCUUCGCCACAUGAAGGAGAGCCAGGUCCUCCUGACUCUCACAAAUCCAGUGGAGAGCCUCACCCAUGUGACACUGUUGGAGUGUGAGGAGGGGGACGCUGAUGAUAUCAAUAGCACUGCAAAGGUGGUGGUGCCUCCCAAAGAGCUCGUCCUAGCUGGCAAGGAUGCAGCAGCAGAGUAUGAUGAAUUGGCAGAACCCCAGGACUUUCAGGACGAUCCUGAUGUUAUCGCCUUCAGAAAAGCCAACAAAGUGGGUAUUUUCAUCAAAGUGACCCCACAACGUGAGGAGGGUGAAGUGACCGUGUGCUUUAAGAUGAAACAUGAUUUUAAAAACGUGACAUCCGUCCGCCCCACUGAAGAAGGUGACCAGAGCGCCGAAGUCAUCUGGCUCACCCAGCACGUGGAACUCAGCUUGGGCCCACUUCUUCCUUAAGAGGUAUCACUGGCAGCCAGACCCCAAAGGACAGUAUCACUACCACCCACGUUAAAAUGUGGACACCUCUACUUCACUAGGCCUUGUUUAUAAUGAUGUACCCAUGCACUACUGAAUCCUGUUCCUAUAAGGGGUGUGAGCAUAGGCCUGCACUGGGGACACAGGGUAUAACCGCCAAUCCCCUUGCUCUCACUGCUGUUAACGAGUAAAUCUGUGUGUCCCUCACUGAACCCUGCACGUUGAAUAACCACAGCAUAAUCCCAUCCCAAGAUAGAGGAUGGCUGUUCUUUGGAGUGGCCUUUGAUUUGCCACCCGAGAAACUUUCCGUACUAUCUCCCAGUCUGAUCUCACUAAAAAAAAAAAAUCACAAUUUCACAGAUAAAACUUUAUAUGUUAAUGAAAGAGGGGCCUGCUGUUCAUGCCCUGUCGGUGCGCCCACUGGUUUUUGCAGUCCAUGAGAUACAGCCUCAUUGUCAAAACUACCCUUCACUUGCCACCAUGGCUUCCAUCGUUCCAUGGGUUUCCAUUUGAUCAAAAACUAAGAUCUUUAGUUUUGUGGUGAUUGGAAAACCUGUGACAUUCUUAAGGCACUUCAUGUGUCCUCUGCCAAAUGAAUACAAAAUAUUAAUCCAUAUUUUUUUUGAACCUAUCAGUUAAAAAAAAAUCUUUCCCAGUAGAAUGUGGAGCUAGUUAGGAAGAAUUUAAGAAGUAGGCAAUUACAUCCUGUCAAGGGGGUGGCAAAUUCCAUUCUUUGUAAAUCUUGUCAUAGUUAACUUGGCCAUGGGGAGGCAGCCUUUGUGUUUUACUCUCUGUGGCCUCUCAUCUCUACUCUGUCUCUUUAACUCAGUAAAUUGC